AGGUGGGCACUUCCUUUUGGUGGGUGGAGGCCGGCACGGAGAGUACACCAUGAAGGCCUCGGGAACUCUGCGAGAGUACAAGGUGGUGGGGCGCUGCCUACCCACCCCCAAGUGCCGCACGCCGCCCCUGUACCGCAUGCGAAUCUUUGCGCCUAAUCAUGUUGUUGCCAAGUCCCGCUUCUGGUACUUUGUAUCUCAGCUGAAGAAAAUGAAGAAGUCUUCAGGGGAAAUUGUCUACUGUGGACAGGUGUUUGAGAAGUCCCCCCUGCGGGUGAAGAACUUUGGCAUCUGGCUGCGCUAUGACUCCCGCAGCGGCACCCACAACAUGUACCGGGAAUACCGGGACCUGACCACUGCAGGCGCCGUCACCCAGUGCUACCGAGACAUGGGCGCGCGGCACCGCGCCCGGGCCCACUCCAUCCAGAUCAUGAAGGUGGAGGAGAUUGCGGCCAGCAAGUGCCGCCGACCGGCGGUCAAGCAGUUCCACGACUCCAAGAUCAAGUUCCCACUGCCCCACCGGGUCCUGCGUCGCCAGCACAAGCCGCGCUUCACCACCAAGAGGCCCAACACCUUCUUCUAGGUGCAGCCUCUCUCCCGGCCCCUAGGAUUCUUCCAUCCCGCCGGCUUCUGGAGAAGGAACCCAGCUUUGGGAUGCUCGGUAACCCAGAAAGUUGGAGGCUGAACCAGGACUUGAACCUAGAGGCCAGAGCCCUAGAGGCCAAAGUUCCCCCGGUCUACCAGAGAAGCGCCCCAAGAUGACAGCUUUUGGCUCUCUUGGCUGCAUGACCCCGGGCGAAGGGAGUUUCCCUCUCCGAACUGGUUUCCCCAUCUGUGCGACAGGGACACACUAGACCUUACCUCCCUGGGUAGUCACGGGUCUCCAUUUAUUCGAAUUCACAGCCACUGACAUCCCUCCCCCAACCUGCGACCUCUAUCAUCCACUUACGCCGGGCACACGGCCAACUCAAUGCAUGUCUGCCAAGCAACCCAGUGAAUGAAGAAAUGAAUAAAGGAACGAAUGAAUGAGGCAUGUA